GGAGUCAUCCAUUCCCACUCCACUCGUUCAUUUGUCGGCAAACACAGCUAAACCCACAUUCCUAAAAACGCCAUCGUAUUCUGUACGCACGACACCGUUUAGCCGUGCCAACUCCUCUCUAUGAAAGUCGUUGAUUUCACUCCCUCCAUUAUCAGAACUCAUCACAGAUUCACAGCAAGCCCAAAAGCAAUACACACAGAGAGUGAACGAAGAAACGAUGUCGUACUAUCCCCGCGACCACCACCGUGACGACGAUGUCGACGACUUCGACGAGUACGAUCCCACUCCUUACGACGGCGGAUACGACAUAGCCCUCACCUACGGCCGCCCUCUUCCUCCGUCAUCGGAGAUCUGUUACCCCACCACCACCACCACCACCUCCUCCUCCGACUUCGACUCCGAUCGCCCCCGCUACUCCUCAUCCGCCGAGCCCUCCGCUUAUGCCGUCGAAGCUCUCGACACCGAGUACAAGAGCUAUGGUCGCCCCAAGCCCCGCCCUGGUCCCUCCCACGGCGGUGGUGAUGGUGGGUACGACGGGCCUAAACCCAAUUAUGGGUUUCAGCCGGGGAUAAAUCGGCCUGGUGGGUUUGGUGGACCUCCCAGUUCGGAGUAUGGCCGGAAACCUGAAUACGAGAGACCCAGUUCGGAGUACGGAUCUGGGUAUGAUCGGAAACCUGAAUUCGAGAGACCCGGUUCGGAAUACGGAUCUGGGUAUGGUAGGAAGACUGAGACCGAGACUGAGUAUGAAGAGCCUAGUCCGGGAUUUGAAUCUGGGUACGGUCGUAGGCCUGAACAGGAAGUACCCAGUUCUGAAUACGGUUCCGGGUAUGGUAGGAAGACUGAGACUGAGUAUGAGGAGCCUAGUCCGGGAUUUGGAUCUGGGUACGGUCGUAGGCCUGAACCGGAAGUACCUAGCACUGAAUACGGAUCUGGGUACGGGCGCAAGAGUGAAUAUCAGGAGCCAAGCUCCGAAUACGGAUCUGGGUUUGGGCGGAGACCCGAAAUGGAUGCUGCUGAGCCGGAGUUUGGAUCUGGGUAUGGUAAGAAGCCGAGCUAUGGGGAGGAAGAAGAAGGUGGUGGUGGUGGUUACGGUGGGAGGCCUCAGAGGACUGAGUUCGAGGCACCGAGUUACGGGAGGCCGAGUGAGGAAGGAGGGGGUUAUGGGAGGCCAACUUAUGACAGGCCAAGCUAUGAGCGGCCUGAGGAGGAAGAGUACCGGAAACCUAGUUAUGAGAAGCGUGAUGAUGAGGAGGAUGAGGGCUAUGGCCGCAAAAAAUAUGGUGCUGAUGAUGAUGAGGAGGAGAAGAAACACCACCACCACCACCACCACCGCAAGCACUAUGAUGAUUAAAUAGAACGAUGGAAGCCUUUCGAAUGGCAGUCGUGCCACAGUAAUAACCUACUAAAUAAAGAGAAGGCUUGUUUUCCUCUAGCUGUGGCACUACUCACUGUUUGGUGUUUUAAAGGCAUUAUAAACUUCAGCUUUUGUGGAGAAGUAUUGUAUGAACUCUUUUAAGUGUGUUCAUGCAGCAGAUGUCUUUCUGCUUCAGUAUAAUAAAGAUCCCAAAACUUUUGGGUUGGUGUGUGCAAUUUUUCA